CAGACGAAGAAGAACCUCAAAAUCCAGAAAUUGAAAAACAAUGCUUGGCUCCGAGGAAUGAUCGAAGGAGGAUCGAAGACAAAUCACUCUUUUUCUCUGGUUUCAUCCUCCUAAGUUCUCUUUAUCCUCGACCCUUAAUCCCAACAGUUUUUCAUCGGCGAUCGUCGCCGCUGCCGAUGCUCCGAAUUUGAUCCGGCAAUCUCUCUUUCGGUGAGGGAAAAAAGAAAGGAUGCCGUCACACGCGGAUCUGGACCGGCAGAUCGAGCAUCUGAUGGAAUGUAAGCCUUUGGCCGAGGCGGAGGUGAAGGCUUUGUGCGAGCAGGCUCGGGCGAUCCUCGUCGAGGAAUGGAACGUACAGCCAGUGAAGUGCCCCGUCACCGUCUGCGGCGAUAUCCAUGGUCAGUUCCAUGAUCUCAUCGAGCUGUUUCGGAUCGGAGGGAACUCCCCUGAUACCAAUUACCUCUUCAUGGGAGACUACGUAGAUCGUGGGUACUACUCGGUGGAGACUGUUACCCUUUUAGUGGCCUUGAAGGUCCGUUAUAGAGAUAGAAUUACAAUUCUAAGAGGGAAUCAUGAGAGCCGGCAAAUAACCCAAGUGUACGGUUUCUAUGAUGAAUGCUUGAGAAAAUAUGGAAAUGCAAAUGUGUGGAAGUAUUUCACUGACCUUUUUGAUUAUCUACCCCUUACAGCUCUUAUUGAGAGCCAGAUCUUCUGUUUGCAUGGUGGACUCUCCCCAUCUUUGGAUACUUUGGACAACAUUCGUGCCUUGGACCGUAUACAGGAAGUUCCACAUGAGGGACCAAUGUGCGAUCUCUUGUGGUCUGAUCCAGAUGAUCGAUGUGGAUGGGGAAUUUCUCCUCGAGGAGCUGGGUACACUUUUGGACAGGAUAUUGCUGCUCAGUUCAACCACACCAAUGGACUCACGCUUGUUGCAAGAGCCCAUCAGCUUGUCAUGGAAGGUUUUAACUGGUGCCAGGAGAAGAAUGUGGUGACAGUAUUUAGUGCACCGAACUACUGUUACCGGUGCGGGAACAUGGCUGCUAUACUUGAAAUUGGGGAGAACAUGGAUCAGAAUUUCCUUCAAUUUGACCCUGCCCCUAGACAGAUUGAACCUGAUACCACACGCAAGACUCCAGAUUAUUUUUUGUAAUUUCCAUAUCUUUGUCACUUGUUGGUAAUGCUUCUUAUUUCCUGCUGUGCUUUUAUAGAUGUGUCUUAGGAAGGAGUUUCGUUAAUUAGAGAGACAGAUCAUCACCAUCAUCAUUCUUUUGUUUGGAGUUGUCCUGCUGCUGCUGCUGCUGCCGUGCCAUGCUUAAUUAGGAGACCCUUGAAAGGCCUCAAUGGCCAUUUAUGUAUUCGUAAAC